GAAAAAGAAAAGCAACGAACCGGAAGCAAACAUUUUGUAUUCGACACACACACAUUUGAUUCACGACUCUCAAAGAAAAUGUGUGAUGGUGAUGAUGAAAUUGGACAAGGAUUAUAUUUUGAUAAAACCAUAUUUGUAAAUGGUAAAGGUCAGAUUCGAAAUGACAAUAUGAAUGUGGAAAAUGAUAAUAAUAAUUGGUUUGAAUUGAAAAAUGUUCAUAGUUGUAUGGGCGGUUUAUCUAUUGCUGACAUUUUACCAUUGAUUGGUCAUGAUCGUGAUAAUUUGUAUCGAUUUAUGGAAAAUGAUGAUCAAAUUAUUUUACCACCAAAGACACCGUCAAAAUCUCAACAACAAAAUAUGACAGACAUUCAUGAUGAUGAUGAUGAUGAUGAUGAUGGUGAUAUUAUCGAUAAAUUGAAAAAAUCAUCACGCCCGCCAGGAGCCUAUCUAGUAAGUGAUGGUAAUCAAUUAUAUGGUGUCACUAUUGUUGAUGAUCAAAAUGAAAAUUUCAUAUAUGGUCCUGUGACAAUGAUCAUUCCCAAUGUAGAUGGCCAAAAUGUUCUUGUCAUUGAACGUGGUAAACUUCGUGACGUUGACACAAAUUAUGAUGAACAACAUACCAUUAAAUUUGGAAAUUUUCAAUUACAAACUACCAAUCAGAUCAAUUUAGAUCAAAUCCUACAGAAUAAUGAUCAAAAUUAUAACGUCAAUGUUGGUAUUGUCAGUAUUAAUGGUUUUCUAUUGAUAGCUCAAAAUCAUCUAAAUUUUACUGAAUUUAUUUUAAUACUUGAUGGUGGUUAUAUUCUAACAUAUGAUAUUCAAAUUAAUUGGAUUCGUGCUAAUGUCGAUCAGCAGACAAUAAUUAUGAAUGACAACCAGCGACAAGAACAAAAUGUAGAUCCGGUUAAAUGUACAAAAAUUGGUCAUCAUGAAGUAUUCAUAUGUUUGAAAGGUGCCCUAGUAUAUGCUAACGAUGAUAAUCAUAUUAAUCAUGGUGACAGUAGCACCAGCAACCAUAACGAUAAUCAAAAUCGAAUGAUGAUGAUGAACUUGAUUGGCACAAAUAAUGCAGUGAUCAAUUAUGAUGCAUUCAAACAUUUCAUUUUGAAUGGUCAACAUCGUGUACAUCGUCAUCAUGAAUGAACAAUUUGAAUUUUGAAAUAUGCUGAAUUGGCAAUAAUACAAAAAAAAGAAAGUAAGAAAAAAACAAUAUACAAAAUUCCAUUGCGGUGAAUAAAAAACUAUGCUAAGAGAAUUCAGGAAAAAAAAACAGAAUAAAAGCUGACAACAACACAAUAUGUUCCACAAAUAAAUGAAUG